AUGCAGCUGCUCCCGAUUGGCAGGGCACUACGGUUGGCCUCCAAUUCGCGGGCGAUCGCAGCCAGGUUCACGAGGAGUCCUAAGUGGAGGAGUCAAUUAAGUCCGCUCGUGAGUUCAAGAAAUAACAACUCAACAGCUGCAGGAAGAGCAGCAGCAGAUCCAGUGUUAGAGGAUGCUUUGAGAAUAUCACAGGGCCAGUCCGACCACCAAACUCCUUCGGCUCAGAUAACGCGGGAGGGAAUUAGGGACGGCGACAAAACCCACCCAGUCGACGAGUGGACGAAUACCCCCAACAAUAUCCUUUCGCAUAUCGGGCGUCGAUUAUAUCUGGAUAAAAAUCACCCCCUUGCAAUCACACGCGAGCUGAUAGAAAGCCAAUUUACAGGCCCAGAGUAUGGCCAUUAUGCAGAACAGAACCCCAUCGUCCCGACGACGCAGAACUUCGACGUCCUCGGGUUCCCCGCGGAUCACCCUGGACGAAGUCGGACGGAUACAUACUACGUGAACAAAAGAACUGUUUUGAGAACGCACACGAGCGCGCACCAGCACUCUUAUUUUCAACGGAUGAAUAUGAAUGAGAAAACUCGCCCGGAGGAGAAGGGAUAUACAGUCAUUGCAGACGUCUAUCGGCGCGAUGCCAUUGACCGGAGUCACUAUCCGGUCUUCCACCAGAUGGAAGGUGCGAGGCUAUGGAAGCGCCCACGAGAAGAUCCCCUGAAAUAUUCACAGCAAACUGCAGAGGCAAUCAUGAAAGACACCAAAAGCAUCCCCUCUCAUAAUGUUACAGUCGAGGACCCAAACCCAACAAUACACCCGCAAAGAAACCCUCUGCAAGCAGACCACCUCAGCGUCGAGGAAACAGAAGCCAUUGCAACCCACCUCAAACGCUCUCUGGAACGUCUCGUCAUUAAAAUCUUCACAGCUGCUCAAGAAGGAAUCCCCGAACCAGCCCGCAUGAACCAGAAACCCCUCAAGGUCCGCUGGGUCGAGGCCUAUUUCCCCUUCACCAGUCCCUCGUGGGAACUCGAAGUAUUCUGGAAAGGCGACUGGCUCGAAGUCCUCGGUUGCGGCGUCGUCAAACAAGAACUGCUUAUAGCCUCUGACGUCCCACACCGCAUCGGCUGGGCUUUCGGCCUGGGCAUAGAGCGUAUCGCCAUGCUCCUCUUCAACAUCCCAGAUAUACGUCUCUUCUGGUCGCAGGAUCCGCGUUUCCUCUCCCAAUUUCAGGCUGGCAAGAUCACCCGCUUCGUCCCCUUUUCGAAACACCCGUCAUGCUUCAAGGAUGUUGCAUUCUGGUUGCCCCCCGGCGCCACCAGCGGCGCGGGCGUGGCUGCUGCAGGGGGUCGUAUGCCGUUCCAUGAAAAUGAUAUGAUGGAGAUUGUGCGUGAUGUUGCGGGGGAUUUGGUGGAGGAUGUGCGGCUUAUAGAUGAGUUUACGCAUCCGAAGACGAAGAGGAAGAGUUGUUGUUACAGGAUUAAUUACAGGAGUUUGGAGCGGACGCUGACCAAUGACGAAACGAAUAAGUUGCACAAUAUGGUUAGGAAGGAGUUGGCUGAGAAGACUGAGGUGGAGAUAAGGUGA